AUGGCUGACACCGAGAGCAUUAUAAAGACUAAAGAAACGCACUCAGAAGAUAUGAAUAAAAAAUUCAAUAUACCCAUCACAAUGUUUAGCAAAAAACCUAGUUAUGUAAUAUAUAACAAUUUUUACAAAGAAGACUUAAAAAGAAUAACUCUAAAGAGAGAAUAUAGUUUUUACAACUAUUGUUUCAUAAGUGUAUGUAUUAGUUUUAUAUUAGGUUUUAUAAUUGGAGUUGUGUUAAUGGGCGCUCAAACAAGUAUCGCUGUGAAGAAUCCCAGAAAACUUAACUUGACUAUAAGAACGUUGAACUCAUUAAAAGUUCCCAAAGACACGAGGGAACUAGAAAUUUUAGAUAAAAGAGGGUUUUCUGCCGUUUCGUUCACGGGAGACAACCACAAAUACAAAGACAUUUACCCCAAAAGUCUCACUGAUGAUAUGAAAGAGAUUUUGAAAGAUAAUAAAAUGAAUCGAGAACACAAAAAACUUAAUUUCAAACUUAAUAGAACGUUACAUGUUCCUAAUGAAAACACUGUACUCUACGGAAAUAUCUACUGGGGGACGGAAGUAGAAAAUUCAAUGCCACAAGGAUAUGGAGAGAACACGGCGGAAAUAUGGGAACAGUACGUAAACCAAAGUGAAGUUGUCAAAAUGGAAGCCGGAUGCGGAAGGAUGCAAAAUCGUCUUGUCACUUUCAAAGAUGGAAUACAAGCUUGUGUGCGGUAUAGACAAAAUACAGAUCAAAUUCAAGGAGAGAUAUUUAGUUUCUAUGUCGCUCGGUUGCUUAAUCUUACUAAUUUAGCACCAACAGUUGUUAAAAUAGUCGAUGUUAAAGAUAAGCUGUGGUCUAAUGUAGCUAAUGAUAUAGCGACAGCUCAGUGGAAUUCAAAUAGAGCAGUUAUUUUAACUCAAUAUAUACCGUCACUGGAAUCGGCUACUAUACCUGAUAUUUUUAAGCCCUCAAAUCGCCACCUAAACAAAAAAGACAUUCAGGAAAUAACGAUGAAAGAAAAAGAUACGGAUAAACAGAUUUUAAUAAACAAACUCAAAUUAAAGAAUGUAAAACCUUUAAUUGAUGACACAGAUUUCGAUCAUGUUGAUAUGAAACUGAAUAAGAAAACGAAAGAAUUGUUCGUAGAACUUGCUCAAUGGUCAGAUUUGAUUAUUUUCGACUAUCUAACUGCCAAUUUAGAUAGAAUUGUAAAUAAUCUGUUUAACUAUCAGUGGAACGUGAAUAUAAUGGACGGACCCGCGCAUAAUUUAGCCAGAAAGAUGGACAGUGGACUACUUAUGUUCCUAGAUAAUGAAUCUGGCUUGUUGCACGGUUAUAGACUAUUAAAAAAAUAUAAUGUGUAUCAUAGCUUAAUGCUAGAUAACUUGUGUGUGUUUAGAAAAAGAACAGUUGACUCUUUAAAGGAACUAAGUGAUUUAUCUAUAGGUAGUAAAUUAAGUGAAAUAUUUCAUAGGAAAAAUAAUGCUGUUAUUAGAGAUAUAUUACCUCCACUACCGGAGAAGAAUGCAAAAAUACUUCAAGAGAGAAUCAGUAAAGUUUUAGGUCAAAUUGAAAAAUGCGAGAGACUGUUUGGAACCAGAUAA